AUGCAUAAAAGAAAAGAUUUUCAAUUAGAUAAACUCAGCUUAAAAAUCAGCCACUCUAGUACAAAUCUCGGGCAGUUAGAAAGGGUGAGAUCUAAAAGAUUCACAUUUAUACAGAAAAGCCAAAGCAAUGUAUCAAGUCCUUCUAGUCCGAUGGGCAGUGCAAACUGUGAAGACAGAUCUGAGUCAAUUGACCAAAAGUCUGACUUCAAUAAUAACUUAGUUAUAGAGCCUAUCAAGUGCUAUUGUGAAGAGGAGCUAUAUGAAGAAGAAGACUCUCUCGUUAGGGAUUUAAUUGGCAUUAUGGAUCAGAAUGCUAGUCCUUUUAAAGAAAAAAAACAAGCGGCAAAAAAGCUGAGUAGAGUAUCAAAACAAGAUAUUCGAGCAGAAAAGCCAAACGUUUUGAUUGAAACUCCUCCGAUUUUUAAGAUUAGAACCAAAGUGCUUUCUCCAAGGGUCACAAAUAGAAAGUCAAAUUUAAAGCAAGAAAACGAAAAAGUAUGAAAUUUGGUUCAUUAA